AUGGCUCUUCAGGUGUUGAUAGCCCAUACGGGCCUGCGGCUGGAAGUCGAUACUACACAGUUCUCCAUCCUCGAUGAUCUCAAGGCCUUGGUUUCCAAAAAGACCUCGAUCCCACCACAGCAUAUUGUCGCCUUGACCCCUCAUGGUCGAAGCGUCAAGUUUACCAGUCUACAUACAGAGAAAGAGAUUUUCAUCUAUGAUAUACGAAUAAGCUCUCCCGGGAAUGCGAACCUCAUUACCCCCGUCACAUCGCCAAAACGAUAUAUAACUCCGAAUGCGCCGAAUACGAUCAACGAUGUACAGUCAAUAUCAUCAUGGCAGGAGCUAUACAAAGAACGUCGAAACUGGGCGAUGCAUCUUGCGGAGGACUGCGGACAGAUGAAUACGGCCACCCUGGCGCGGUACAGCGAGAUAGAUGUCAUCAUAAAAUGCUUGGACGCUGCUGUCGCGAAUCUCGAAAUUAGCAUCAAGCAAAUCGAGCCCAAAUACAACGACCUGAAGAAAUGGGUGACACCUGCAUUGGAAGAGCAUGGAAGCCUGGUGGAAAGAUGGGAGCAGUAUCUUGAUCUCGCGAAGAAUACAUCGAUUUCACCAUCCAUGGUCAAGUUUAUGACACAACGAGAGACAAGCAAGUCAAAUCCAACCUUGGAGGACCUUAUCGAACUCGACACCGCGAAGAAGGCAGGGAAAUUGGCCCCAACCGCCCAUCGAAGGUUCAGCGACAAAGCCGACCAACUCAGCAAUGCGGCAUCCCAGAUGUACAGGAGCUUGGAAUCACUGAUUGGCGAUUUUGAGAAGCUCAUGAGUCGCUCUGCUCUCAGCCAUAGUACAGAUUCUGCUCAGCUUCUUGAAGAUAUCGAGGCAGUGGUGAAGCAGAUAGAUUCUGACUAUCGGGCAGCACUCGGAUACGGCAACACGCAACGAGAUGUAGCGCAAGCGUCCAAGACGGCUUCAGUGCAUACGGAGCAUCUGGUACCGACUCUUAAGAAGAGGGUUAAAGAGAUGGAUGAGCUACUUCACUAUGCAACAGAUGCGCGAAACUCGAUCGCUUCGGAAUCAGCAAAAUUCAUGCGAUAUGUUACCGAGAUAACAUCCCUACACAGCAACGUUAAGAGUCAAAUUAAUAUACUGAACCAGUCCGAAGACGAUAUGACAACAUUCGAUUACCUCCGGCUUAUUCACCAGCUUCCUUACAUGUAUGCAGCUUUCGUCACAGAAGCAGUUCGACGUCGUGAAUGGGUCGACAAAGUCAAGACGGAUUCUUCUACACUGGCAAACGAGAUGGCCUUAUUCCAGGACGAAGAGUACAAGAGACGGCGCAAGUGGCAAAAAAUGAUAGGCAGCACGUAUGGACCCGACUUGGAUACGAAUGUUAUAGGUCUCGAGGUCAACUUGCUCGGAGAAGAUACACCCUGGCCAGUCGUAACCAAAGAGGACCUGGCAGAUUUCGUCCGAGCACUGCAAGAACAACCUGUUGAUCAGAAUGUCUUGGACGACAUUGUGAAGCUUGUGCAGGAGCUCGAUAACCCAACAAAACAGCAAUCUAAACGACUCAAGGCGUUCAAGAAUGGGAGCAUACAUGAGGCAGCGCUUGGCAGGAGUGGUCUUAUGAUUCGAGGGGACGACGAUCUACUGCAAUCAUUGCAGGAGGACAAGGGCAAAUUAGAAAACAAACUCAAGACUGCCGAAAGUCGAGUACGUCGUUUGGAGGAUUUACUUCAUCGACAGAGCCAAGCCAGCCGUCCUGGCAAUCUUUUCCAACCACAAGGCCCCCAGCAACGAGAGAGAGGUAACUCUGGAUCAUCCAUCAGGUCAAGCCGUUUUGAUGACCGUAGACGAUCCUCGGAUGGAAUUGAUCCCCUGAUGCGACGCAUUACUCAACUGGAGAACGAGCUACGAGAAGAAAAACAAAGGUCCAGCCGCCUCCAGCAGGAGCUCACAUCUCAAUCAAAUCAUCAUGAGAAUAUUAAAGGUCAGCACGAAGACUUGAAAGGCCAACAUGAGAAUCUGAAAGGUCAGAUUGCGGAAGUUAACACUACCAAACAAGAUCUACUCGAAAAUAUGGAGGCACUCGAGCGCGAGUUCGUUGAAGAGCGCAAGAACCUAGAGAGCGAAAUCAAGACUCUCCGAGCUCGCCUGGAGGACACCGAAGACGAGAUCGAGCAGUUCGAUGAAUCUAGACAACACGAGAAAGCCGGAUACGUCGUAAGAGUGGAGGAAUUGGAGGCCGAGCUCGAGCAAAUCAACAAGCAGCGACAGGACGACGCUCUCAAAGCGCAAGGCCAGGUUGAGUUCUUGCGAAAGGAAACCAGAAUCCAAAGAGAGCAGCAAGAGGCCCUCGAGCAAAGAAUGCAGUCUGCACAGGAAGAAAACCAGAACGUUUCGAGGAAGCUGAGUGUUGCCGAGGAGAGUUUAAAUGAUCAUUGGCAAACCCUGAGAAAUCUUUUUACCGAGCUUUCGCCCGAUGUUGCCGUGCCGGAUAACCUGGUAGACAUUUCAGACACACUACUUACAAGAGCCGGCACGCUUUCCGAGAAAGUACGAAACUCGGAAACAGACAUUGAUUUGCUAAAAUCACAAGUUGAUCACUUCACAGCGAUUGUUACGGAACUUCGUGAACAGAUUGCGAAGAAAGACUCCAAGCUUACCGAGGAUGAAAUGGCAACGGUUCAUCUGAGAGAAAACCUCGCUGAGGAAAAGGCAAAGGUGUCUGCUCUUGAACAAGAGCUCGCCGAUGGGAGACAACAACUCACCGAGUUGCGCGCUAAGCUCAGUGAUGGCGAAACUGGCCCCGAAGCUCUGCAGACAAGAUUAGAAGACGAGGAGAAGAAGGUGAUGACCUUGACAGAGGAGGUGGCCUCCAAGCAAUCUCAAGUCGGCAGCCUAGAGGAAGAACUUCGCAUGUUCCAGGAGAAGGUUGAAACUCUCCAGGGCAAGAUGACCAGCCUGAACAGCCAAUAUGAGCAUCGGGAUGAGAAGACCAAGGACUUAACACAACGCCUCUACUCCCAAAACGACCGCAUGUGCCGUUUGCUGGAACGCGUUGGAUUUGCCAUUUCCAGAAAAGAUGGGGACAUGACUGUGGCGAAGAUUCCACGAUCAGAGAGAAAUGCUCAGAACCCUAACGACUCAUCAGACCCGGGCUCGUCACUCCGCAAGUCGAGUACGCUUAGCCGUGUCUUGGGUGAUAGUGCUGAUCUCGAUCUGCUCUAUUGGCUUAACAACUCCGACAUGCAGGCUGAGGACGAAAAGUAUGCAGCUUUCAUGAACAGUCUUGGCAAUUUCGAUGUUGAACUGUUCUCCGAAACCAUCUACCGCAGGAUUAAAGAGGUUGAACACAUGGCCCGCAAAUGGCAAAGAGAAUCGCGGUCAUACAGAGAGAAGGCGCAUAUUCUGCAGAAGGAUUCGCAUGAGAAGAUUGCGUUCAAGCACUUCAAGGAGGGAGAUCUGGCUUUGUUCCUGCCCACCCGCAAUCAACAGGCCGGUGCAUGGGCUGCCUUCAAUGUGGGCUUCCCACACUAUUUCCUUCGCGAGCAAGAUGCUCAUCGCUUGCGUCACCGAGAGUGGCUUGUUGCUCGUAUCUCUCGAAUUCAAGAACGAGUGGUAGACCUUUCUAAGAGCCUCCAGCCGAGCAGCGAGACGGAAUCUAUCAACGACGAGGAGAACGAUAACCCGUUCCAGCUCUCGGACGGUUUACGGUGGUAUUUGAUCGAUGCUUUUGAAGACAAACCCGGUGCCCCCUCGACCCCUGGGAUGGGCAAGUCGACUGUCGCGGCUAAUACGGUGGAAGCGACAGCCAAUAUUCAUGGUACGGGUGGAAAGGGUAAGAGCCGGGACAGCGUCACUAGUAUUGAAGGUAUUAACAAGACUUUAUCCAAGAGUCUUGAGAGCAGGCGUAGCAGUACCAACUCCAAGAAGGCCCUUCCAUUUCAGCUUGGAGGCACAGCUUUGUUGAAGAACAGUGCUUUGGCCAGCGAGACCAAUUCACUUCGAGCGCACCCUACGGACUCACCCUCUGGCACGAGCCCCACGCAGGGAGGGCAUCUCGCGGCUACCAGUGCUAGCCUUCCACAGAGAGUUUCUGCAGAAGAACCAAAAGGCGAGCUAGCGGAAAGCACGAGCAAACUACCUUCUGACGAGCCAUCAACUCAAGAUAAUGGCGCCAAAACGGACGAGGUACGGAAUGUUGAUACCCUUUUCGGACCAUGA